CAGCAUGUUGACAAUAAAGAGCAAUCUGAAUGGGUAUUGUAAUAGCCUAAAUAUUACUAUGUAAUAAUUAGGUACAGAAUUGAGGGCGCAGCCCCUUGCUCGAACAGGAAGAAGGCGUUAGCCAGUGAGGAAAGGCUGUGCUAACCACCGUUAGCAGCAUUUCUAUUCGAGACGUAGCAGGCUAGUUGAAGCGAGACUGGUUGAUGCAGCCAGGCUGUUGUCAUAGCUUGUCUGCAGUGCAGUGUCAGAAAAGGGAGUCAGCCAAGCAGCCACUUGUGUUUAGCUCUUUAGCAGCUAGCAAGCAAACCCUUUCCACCACAGAAGGUUGCGCCUAUUUGCGUAAAGAUGGGAACAAGAGACGACGAAUACGAUUACUUGUUUAAAGUGGUGCUGAUCGGGGACUCGGGUGUGGGCAAGAGUAACCUGCUAUCCCGCUUCACCCGCAACGAGUUCAACCUGGAGAGCAAGAGCACCAUCGGGGUGGAGUUCGCCACGCGCAGCAUCCAGGUGGACGGCAAGACGGUCAAGGCCCAGAUCUGGGACACGGCCGGCCAGGAGCGAUACAGGGCCAUCACCUCAGCGUAUUACCGUGGUGCUGUGGGGGCCCUGCUGGUCUAUGACAUCGCCAAGCACCUGACCUAUGAAAACGUGGAGCGCUGGCUGAAGGAGCUGAGGGACCACGCCGACAGCAACAUCGUCAUCAUGCUGGUUGGCAACAAGAGCGACCUGCGCCACCUCAGAGCCGUGCCCACCGACGAAGCCCGCGCCUUCGCAGAGAAGAACGGCCUGUCUUUCCUGGAGACAUCAGCCCUGGACUCCACCAACGUAGAAACGGCUUUCCAGACCAUCCUGACGGAAAUCUACCGCAUUGUGUCUCAAAAGCAGAUGUCUGAUCGCCGAGACAACGACAUGUCACCUAGCAACAACGUGGUGUCCAUCCAGGUGCAACCCACUGAGAACAAACCCAAGAUGCAAUGCUGCCAGAGCAUCUAGCCGCAGCACCCCCCUAACCCAGCCUCAAACACACAUACACACACACACACACACACACACACACACACACACACACACACACACACACACACACACACACACACACACACACACACACACACACACACACACACACACACACACACAUUCUACCCAUCCCGGCCCCCCCUCUCUCCUUUCCUCAGUAAGACUGCUUUGGUCUUGGCUGCAGCUGUGUGUGUGAGGCAAGCAGGCACACGCUCCUGCAGUGUCCGCCAGGUGGGGGCGCUAUAUAUAAGGGUCCCCGCUGGCAGUCUCUGGACAAAGCUUUUCAGUUUGGGGCUUUUAUCUUCUGUUGAUUUUGUUUUGUUUGUUUGUUUUUUGUCCAUUUUUUUCUGCCGUUGUAGGCUUUUUAUAUGGCAAAGUUUUAAUAAUCAUAUGUGCUGAUUUUCACAGAAAUGUCUUAAUAUAUAUGAUUUGUUUUUUUUUGUUUUGUUUUGUUUGUGCGUGUCUAUGUAUGUGCGUUUGUUUGAAAGUGUUUUUUGUUUGUUAUUGUCUAUGACAGCAUGUGGUAUUCAUUCAGGCGGUUUGACUAGUGAGAGGGCACGCCCAGAUCUGUCUUGUCUUGUCGAAAGGGUGUACAAGGAAGGAAGGAAAGGGGGUGAUGGUCUUGUCUUGAGAUUCUUGGCGGAACACACUGGCUAAUUGCCAUUGGAUGUCAGACAGGCAGGCACAUUUGUGCUCAUUGGCUGCGGUGUAAAUGCUUAGCGCUUUUGAUUGGCUGGCUUGGAAAGACUUCCUCAUCUUUUCGUCCCGGACGUGAUUGCGCUCGAGAUUCACUAGUUUGACGCCCUCUCGUGAUUUCACAUGGUAAUCAAACAUUUCAAACAAGCGAUUUAAGGUUAGGGUUAGGUUUAGGGUUAAGGUUAGGGUUAGGGUUAAGGUUAGGGUUAGGUUUAGGGUUAGGUUUAGGGUUAAGGUUAGGGUUAGGGUUAGGUUUAGGGUCGUAUGACGUAAGCGGUAAGUACCGAAAGGGCGUCGAACUAGUGAGUCCCGAUUGCGCCCAUCAUUAGUAGUGACCAAGUGCAGAGGCCGAACAGCCUAAAAAACCAAAACGGUUUGUGCAUGCGCGUGUUUGUGUGUGUGUAUGGACUUGUGUCUGUGUGUCUGAACACACAUGAUUGGUUGCACUUGGUGUGCUUGGUGCGGGUGGUGAUAGUAGUAGCAGCAGCAGCAUAAGUGGGCUAGUUGGGGCAACACUGUUUGUCUAAUUGGUGAAUGGCAUAAAUGAAGGGUUAGCACCCCACCUUAAGCUUUGUGAGUGUUGUCACAGGUGCGUGUGGUGUCCGUGCUCCACUUGCAUGGUGUGUGGCGCGAAUGGGUCCUGGUGCCAUUUGGUACAAAAUGUCACGCGGGGCUGAUGCCUUCUGAUUCUACCCCUGGGGCUUUGCUUCACAGUUUGUUUCCCCAGUCUCUCUCUCUCUCUCUCUCUCUCUCUCUCUCUCUCUCUCUCUCUCUCUCUCUCUCUCUCUCUCUCUCUCUCUCUCAUAUCCCUACUCCCUCGUUUCCUUCCGCCUCCCCUCUCUCAUUCCUUCUCUCUUCCUUUCUGGCUUCCGCUGUCUCUCUCUCUCUCACCCUCAGCAUGCUCAUCGUACAUGUUCAUACAGUGAGAUUCUGAGUCCUUCUCUCUCUUUCCACGGUAUAAACUUCUUUGCCUCACUGUGUCUGCCUGCUGAGUCCCAAGGUCUUUCUCUGGUUUGUCAUCCUUUGCAUUGGCCUUUUUUCUUCUCUGACAUUAUGAGAGGAUUUUAUUGAAUGGGCAACCCUCUUAUUCCCCUUUCAUGAUAUCCUGAUUGAGCUGUAAACCUGUUCAAUGAUGUCUGCCAUUAAUUAACGAGUUAUGACCGUCACUCACGCCAGCCUUAUUUCUGACCAUCGUCACCCAAAAAAACCCUUCAUCAACCCUUUCAUCUCUACGUAUAUAUCUUUUGUCUGUCUGUAGAGUUCAACGCCUAUAAAAGUAUGCCCGUCCUGACUCAAAAAAAAGAAGAAAAAAAAGUUUGUACUUCAGGUAGAACACUAGCUUAUACAACGUAUGUAUGCACCCUUGUUCGUUCAUUUCAGUGCCAAUGGACCACUAAAAAGAGCAUUCAUGUCUAUCUUAUCUGUCUGUAUGUAUGUAUGUAUCUAUGUAUGUAUGUAUAUAUGUAUAUAUAUAUAUACGUACUGUAGCAUAGUUGAGUGACACAUUUUAAGUCUGUGUGUGCUGUGUGGCCUGAUGUAUUUAAAGCCAAGUGGAGGACAUCUCUCUCAUCAGACUACUAGGUCACUAGGACAAAUCUAGGCCAGCGGUGAAAAGAAAAACAAAAAAAAGUAUGGCUUGCUCCUAUCACGCACUCUUGUACCCUUGUUUCCCUUCUCAUCUCUUAAUGAAGGGAGUUUUGGAGUUGAAACAUGAAUGAAUGGAUGACUGACAUGCAUGGAAAGCAGAAUGGAACGUCUUUAUUUGUUCAGCAGCCUUCUUCUUGAAUCACGGAAAGAGUGCACUUAAGGGAGGAGGAUGUGUGCAAGUGUGGGUUUUGGAACGAGGCCAACGUUAUCUGCUGUUGGUCAGCUGACUGAAUAGAAAGACAAAAGGAGUUGGACCGUGCAGU